CCUUUACGAUGGUCCGCUCCGUAUAUGCUUACUUCUCUUUCUCUGAAUCAGAUCGGACGGCGUAGUUUUUUGUUUUUUGCUCGAUCUAUUUCACCGCCAUCUCCGCAUUGUUGUCGUCGAUCGUUUUUGCAAAUCUCCGUGGCGAUAACACUCUUACAUCUUCGCCGGUUGCAGUAAUUCACCGGCAAUCAUCCUUGGAUAGGAAAUGGAUGUCGAUAAUUGGCGCUGGGGAUUGGCCUAUGAUCAGUGGGUUGCAUUGCCGGUGUCUGGUUCCCGACCGGCAGCUCGUUAUAAGCAUGCUGCAGCAGUUGUUGAUCAAAAACUCUACAUUGUCGGUGGAAGCCGUAAUGGCCGGUAUCUCUCUGAUAUUCAGGUCUUGGACCUUGGCAAUUUGUCGUGGUCCAGUCUUAAACUUCAAAUAAAUCCUGGUGUUGAGAAUUCUGAAGGCAAUGGUGGCUUAGUUGAGUCUCUUCCACCUAUUGCAGGGCAUAGUAUGGUCAAAUGGGAUAAGAAACUUGUCGUGCUUGGUGGAAAUUUGAAAGGAUCAUCUGAUAGAAUUAUGGUUCAUUGUGUCGAUCUAGAAACACAAACAUGGAGUGUUUUGGAGACCUCUGGAAAUGUUCCGAUUGCUCGUUCUGGACAUUCAGCAACUCUUUUUGGUUCCAAAAUCUUAAUGUUUGGUGGAGAAAACAGUAGCAGGAAUCUUCUAAACGACCUCCAUGUUCUUGAUUUAGAGACAUUAACCUGGGAUGUAGUGGAGGCAAGGCUGACACCGCCAGCUCCAAGAUUCGAUCAUACAACUGCAGUGCAUGCAGAAACCUACCUCCUAGUUUUUGGCGGUUGUUCUCAUUCAACCUUUUUUAGUGAUCUUCAUGUGCUGGAUUUUCGUACUAUGGAGUGGUCCCAGCCACAAAUACAGGGUGAUUUGGUGACUCCUAGGGCAGGCCAUGCUGGUAUAACCAUUGACGAGAACUGGUAUAUAGUUGGUGGUGGUGACAAUAAAAAUGGUUGCCCAGAGACAAUGGUGCUAAAUAUGUCUAAGCUUUCUUGGUUAGCUUUGACAAGCGUAAAGCAAAGAGAACCCCUUGCUAGUGAGGGAAUCAGUAUCAGUUUGGCUACAAUUGAUCAAGAGAAAUAUCUGGUUGCUUUUGGCGGUUACAAUGGAAGGUAUAACAAUGAGGUUUUUAUCAUGAGACCGAAACCAAGAGACUCAUCACGUCCCAAAAUAUUCCAAUCACCCGCAGCCGCAGCGGCGGCAGCUUCUGUUACUGCUGCAUAUGCCUUAGCCAAGACUGAAAAGUUGGACCUUGCGAGAAUUGAAGAUGGUGUCUCUAAGAGAAAAGAAGAAAAACAAUCUCAAUCAAAUGGUGCCAUUGAACUUGAGGCCAUGAGAGAAGAGAAAGCUAAGCUAGAACUAACUCUUCCUGAAGUUAAAGGAGAAAAUUCUAAACUUAGGGAAGAGAUUAGUAAGGUAAACAAUACUCAUGCAGAGCUGUUUAAGGAAUUACAGUCAGUACAAGGUCAGUUAAUAGCUGAGCGAUCAAGAUGCUUUAAAUUGGAGGCACAAAUAGCUGAAAUACAAAAGUUGCUAGAAUCAAUGCAAUCCAUUGAGAAUGAGGUCCAACUCCUAAGGGAACAAAAGUCUGCACUGGAGAAACAAAUGGAGGCUGCUUCAUCAGUUCAGAGACAAGGUUCUGGCAGAGUGUGGCGGUGGAUCGCUGGAUCGCCAGGGGUUGCAGCUAGUCCUUGAGAUCCAGUUUGAUUGUUCCACACCAGCAAGGCGACCACCUUUAAACAGCCAUGGUGUUGUGAAACUGAGUUCAAUUAUGUUGUGAUGAAAAAUCUCAACAUUGAUUUGUUAGAUUGGCACGCAACAGAGACAACCAACUUCGAUCGGAUUGGUGCAAAGGAUGAAGUGUGUUGUUCUCUCUGGCUACUAUACAGGUAACUAGGCGUGUAUUCUUUUUCAACAUUUAUUCUUACACUUAAUUCUUUGGAGGGUCUUCUCUGAUUUUGCAUGUUCAUCUUAGUUCACUUGUCAAUACUUCAUUGAUAUUUGGGAGUGUUCCCCAUUUGGCUAUCAUGGAAAUGAUGUCUUGUAUUUCGUUUCUGUAG